AUGCAAUUCUCAAAGACUCUCGUCUCCCUGGUCGCGCUGGCUCUCGGCGCCAACGCAGGAGUGCCCGUUGCUAGCGUUGAGCUCCAGUCAUGGGAGGCUGGAAAUGGUUGCGAUGCUGGCUAUCCUGCUCACGGCGAGCCCAUGUUCAAGGCUGCUAUCACCGCGACGAGUAUCACAUGUGACAAAACGACAAUAAAUAGGCAGUGGAAUGUGGAUUUCUACUCGCUCAAGGCAGUUUUGGAUACCAAGGAUGCUUUCCUUUGCGAGGGUGUGAGUGUGUUCAACACGGACGACUGCUCAGGAGAACUCAAAUACUUCCUACCGUUCCAUGGAUCUCCCAUUGAACAGGGCGUGUGCAUCUCCGAAGCAAUCUUUGACCCUGGAUUCCUCAGUGUGCGUCUUGAAUGUCCCGGCUUCGCUGGAGGCGCCUUCGGUGGCUCAAGUGCUGGUCACAAGGGUCCUGAUGGCUAUUAA